GUCUAGAGGAACCCAACAAAGAUGCCGUCCAUCCGUCCACUGAGCCCUGAGCUGCAGAAAAUUGCCAUCGAGAAGCUGAACGAGGUCCCGAACCAACUUGAUGAUGAUAUUGCUGCGCUGAGGGAAUGGAUCAAGCAGCAGCCUCAUCUGAAAGCCCGCACAGAUGAUCAGUUUUUGGUGAACUUCCUGCGAGGCUGCAAAUUCAGUUUGGAACGAACGAAGGUAAAAAUCGAUCGAUUUUACACGCUCCGCACCAAGUUUCCCGAGUACUAUUUGGGCCAUAAUGUUGAUGUAGACAAAUUGCUGGACCUUUUUAAGCUGGGCACAAUACUCAUACUGCCACGUCCUCUGAACGAUAAUGGCCCACGUUUGGCUAUAAUUCGCAUGGGCUCGUAUGACCCCAGUAAAUACACAUUUCAGGAAAUAAAUCGAGCUGCUGGCUUAAUUCAGCAGAUCACUCUCGAUGAAGAUGAUGUGGCUAUAGUGAAUGGCUUGAUAUCCAUUCUGGACCUGUCCAACGUCACCAGCGGUCACUAUCUGCAGAUGACACCGUCUUAUGCUAAGAAGAUGACCGUGUUCCAGGAGGAGGCUCUGCCACUGCGACCCCAAGGCAUUCAUUUCAUCAAUACACCCAAUGGAUUUGAGACGCUCUUUAAUAUGAUAAAGCCCAUGAUGUCAAAGAAACAGCAAGGACGACUCUACGUCCAUGGAAGCAAAUGGGAAGCUCUCUACGAACAAAUACCCAAAAAGUACUUGCCUGCGGAAUAUGGAGGCGAAAACGGCUCAAUUCCUGAGCUUAUAAGAGAUUGGGAGCAGCGCAUAUUGGCCUAUCGGAAUUACUGGGAGGAGGAGAAGAACUAUGGAACCGACGAACGCCUGCGAGUGGGAAAACCCGUGGACUUUGAGAGUCUAUUCGGAUUGCAAGGCUCCUUCCGGCAACUCAAUGUUGACUAAGGGUCUAUCCCCCUACUGCUAAAUAACCAAAAAUGGUUUCAGUUGUAGCUCUUAUCUUAGGUAACAAAGGUGUAGGAACUCAAGUACUCUAAUCCAUUUUUUGAUAAGCGUAGGGAUAAGAGCAUAAAAACAAAGAAAUUUAUUCAAACUAAUAACAAAGAUAGCCAAAUUUCAUGAAUUUAAUUGUAUAAUUUGAUAUAAAUGAUAUUCACAAUAGCACUUUAUUAAAACCUUUACUUAGUUUGUAUAAAAAA